AUGAAACGGGCCGACCUGAACCAUGACGAGAAGUUGAGCUACGAGGAGGUCCAGGGGCUGCUCACCAUGAUCAACAUUGACCUGAAUGAAGAGUAUGCACGCAACCUCUUCAAGGUGAUCAGACCAUAGACAGUGUUUCCCCUAGAUUCAUUUCCAGCCCUAUAGCAACAUCAAAGCUCACUGGCACCAAAAUUGCCAAAGAAGCCAAACUCUUUUAGAAAGGGAGGGAGUUAAAGCUAUGUGGGGAGCCCGCCUCGCCUAUGGUAGGGGAAACAUUGGAUAUAGAUUAGCAUCACACUGCAUUGUCCUUACGUCUCAAAUAUUUGUUUCUGUCCUGUCCAUCCGAUAAAUAGCUCAUUUAAAAUGAUACUGUAUGUCUGCAAACUGAUACAUCAUACUCAGAGAGCAAAACUUUGAAAAUGUAAAUCUAUGGCUGGACUCAGUGACAAACAUUUCAGUGACAUUUCAGCUGUAGCUGAUUGACUGAUUGAUUGAAUUCAUUGGACAAUUUUUUAAAUACAUACAUAAGGGCGCUCCAGCUGGUGACACCUCCACAUACAAGUUUAAAAAAUCAUCAACGAUAAUACAAUAAAGCUUAAACGCUUAUUUCCAUUGUGGUCCUUUUGAGGAGGGCAGGGGGAAGGAGGAAUGCAACAAGGUUAUGCGGCAAUUGUAAUGGCAACGGACAAUGACAAACAAAAUUGUUGUUUGUUUCAUAACAUGAGAUAAUUAGUACAAUUCCCUUUCCUAAUAAACAACUAUGGACAGGUACAUCUCCCUUGUCUCACAUACCCUUAAUAUAUAAAACAAUCAAUCCCUAAUAUGUAGAAGACAAUCACAAUAUGAUACACACUAGGCACCAAAAGGCAGACCAUAUGCUAUCCCGGGCAUUUCCUUCUCAGCCACGUACUAUAAUCUUACGACUCACUUUUGAGACAUGCUACUAUUUAGCCAUUUUUUCAGUGAGAACAUCAAACUACAGAUGGAGGUUAUAAGUUUCAAAUUCUUCAGAAGACUAUUCCAAAGAAUGGCAGCUGAGUAUAAAGAAGUGUAUUUCCCCAUACCACUUUUAAAUCUAAAAGAAACAACGUCAGUUUCACUCCUUCUAGUGGAAUAGUUAUGGUUAUCCCGUUAAAGUAGUUACAUAGGUACCUAGGGACCAUACUGUUGACAAUCUUGUGUACAAGACACAAUUUGAUCUGAUAGACUCUCUCCUCCACUUUGAGCCAUCUAAGGCUUUCAAAGUGGGAAUGGUCAAGAUGCGUAAGUGCUGGAAGUUUAAGAAUAAUCCUGACUCAUUUGUUCUGAGAUGUCUGCAAUUUAUUUUGUAUUAUCUUGGGGGCACUAAUGUACCAGGAAGAGCACGCAUAGACAAAGUGGCACUGAACAAGAGCCCCUGCCAAUGCCCUCAUUGCAUUCUUAUCCAGGUAUUUGGAGGUUCUUGCCAGAAACCUAAUUUUAUGGUUCACUUUGGAGAUAAGGUUUUGUGCCAUUCUCUCCCCUGUCAGAUGGUUAUCUAGCACACAUCCAAGAUAAUUAACAGAGUAUUUUGCUGUGACUACUAUGUCACCUACUACCACCUUAAAAUCAGGGUAUUUCAUCAGUUUCACUUUGGACCCGAACAAGAUGGACUCUGUUUUUCCAAGGUGAAAUGACAGCUAAUGGUCAUAUAGCCAUUUACUGACAUUCAGAAGUUCAGCACUGAGGGCUUUCUCAACAACAUUUUUGUCUUUGUGGGAAACCAACAGUGCAGAAUAAUCUGCAUAGAGGAAAAGGUCACAUGUACAGGCAGAUUUCAGAUCAUUUCUAUACAAUAGAAAGAAAAGUGGACCCAGCACACUCCCUUGGGGUACCCCGCAGUUCAAGGUUUUAGGUUUAGACAGGGUCCCGUCCACAGCCACCAUCUGUUUUCUUCCUUGCAGAUAAGAGCUAACCCGUUUUACUGCUAAGUUGUUAAAGCCCAUGCCUCUUAGUUUGAUUAACAGAAUCUCAUGAUCCACUGUAUCAAACGCCUUUUGGAGAUCUAACAUAACCAUAACACAAAAUGUCCCUCCAUCUACUUCCUUCCUUAUGUGGUCAGUUAGAUAUAGUAGGCAAGUGUCGGUGGAAUGGGAUUUCUUCAAGCCAGAUUGGAGCUCAUAUAAUAGGUUAUGUAAGGAAAUAUAACUGUCAAUCUGCUCGAACAUCAUCUUUUCCAUGACCUUCGAUAAAACACACAGGAUUGAGACAGGCCGAUAGUUUCCAUGAUCCAACAGAUAAGGAGAGCUUGACUCCAGAAAAGGUGUUUUCUACGAGAGGACUACACAUCCUUCAUCUCAACGUUAGAAGUCUUCUUCCCAAAAUUGAGGAAAUGUGCCUACUAUCCAGUAACUGUUAGGUGGGAGUGCUUUGCUUUACCGAAACAUGGUUAGAUGGUUAGAUAAAAAAUGCUGAGAUUGAAGUUGAAAAUUAUGUAGUAAUUAGAAGAGACUGCAAUCACAAAGGUGGGGGAGUUUGUAUUUAUGCAAGAUCAGAUAUUGGGUUCAACUAUAGAUCAGAUUUGGCCCUGUGUAGCUCAGUUCAUAGGGCAUGGCGCUUACAAUGCCAGGGUUGUGGGUUCGAUUCCCACGGGGGGGCAGUAUGAAAAUGUAUGCACUCACUAACUGUAAGUCGCUCUAGAUAAGAGCGUCUGCUAAAUGACUAAAAUGUAAAUAUCUAACUUAUUCCCUUUUUGAUAUAAAGGAAUGACCCUUGCAAGUUUUAGUUCACUGGGAAAACACCCUAGUUCAAUAGACAUAUUUACAAUGUGAGUUACACAGGGGGUGAUAAUUACCGCAGCAUCCCUUAGAAAUCUGGCAGGAAUGUUGUCAAGGCCAGUUGCUUUGGAAUGGUCAAGUUCUCUCAACUUCUUUAGUACAGUUGACUCAGACACCUUUUCAAAUGAAAAAGCAUCUACUUGAAUCCCCUGCUGUGAGUAAAACUGCUGGACAUGACUCUCCCCAUAGCAACCUGAUUGAAAAGGUAACUUGCUAACUAAUGUAUUAGCAAUGGUUGUAAAAUAGCAUUUAGACUGUCAGCAACCAUGGUCUUGUCUGAUGUAACCUUUCCUCCAAUGUCCAAGCUAAGAUUUCGAGUUUUGGUCUUUAAUCUGUUACUGUAACCUAACAGCUUCAGACACUUCCAUAAUUUACUUGGAUUGUUCCAAUUUUCAACUAUUUUGUCAUUAAAAUAAUUUUUCUUGGCCUUCUGUAUCAUCCUGUUGACCUCAUUUCUUAAUUUCUUAUAGUCUAGAAAUAUAUAAUCUGCCCUGGAUUUCCUGAACUCCAGAAAGCGUUCAUUUCUACGCUUAAUUCCCUUAAAAAUGUUAUUGUUUUUCCACCUCAUUGCAUUUCAAUACAGCAGACCAGGCCAAUUUGCUCAAACAAUUAACAAAAAUAUUUGCACUAUAAUUCUUCAUAGACCUACUUUUUAUUGAGUUAUGACAAUUCAAAACUGUUUUCUGAACCUUCCUACUACAGAAAAUGAUGGAAUGAUCACUGAGCCCAUAGUGCACAACCCCACUGUUUGAUAUCCUUGAUCUAUCCGACACCAACACAAGGUCAAUGAUGGUUUGGGUAGAAGGACAGACCCUGGUGGGCUCAUUAAUCAGCUGUAAUAAAGCAAACAGAUUACAAAAAUUCUUAAGAGCUUUAAAAGUAGCAUGGCCCUUUUUGAGCAUAUCUGUAUUAAAAUCACCUGUAACAAUAACCUCUGAUUUACCAAAAUCUAUACAGUUGGAGCAAGUCUCCUCCAACAAUUCAUAAAACUUGUACUGGUCUGGUGGUCUGUAACAGGUUCUGACUAUAAUGGGUUUUCAUUUUGGUAAUAAAAUGUCCAACCACACAGCUUCAAUCUCAUCAUGGCUUAAAUUUUUUAAAUUUUAGUCAUUUAGCAGACGCUCUUAUCCAGAGCAACUUAUAGUUAGUGAGUGCAUACAUUUUCAUACUUUUUUCAUACUGGCCCCCCGUGGGAAUCGAACCCACAACCCUGGCAUUGCAAGCACCAUGCUCUACCAACUGAGCUACACGGGGCCAAAUCAGAGCUAUAGUUGAACCCAAUAUCUGAUCUUGCAUAAAUACAAACUCCCCCACCUUUGUGAUUGCGGUCUCUUCUAAUUACUACAUCAUUUUCAACUUCAAUCUCAGCGUUUUUUAUCUAACCAUGUUUCAGGAAAGCAAAGCACUCCCACCUAACAGUUACUGGAUAGUAGGCAAACUUCCUCAAUCUUGGGAAGAAGACUUCUAACGUUGAGAUGAAGGAUGUGUAGUCCUCUCGUAGAAAACACCUUUUCUGGAGUCAAGCUCUCCUUAUCUGUUGGAACUGUCAGACGAAAUUGUUCACUUGAGAUGAGUGUUGACUCCAUGCAGUCAAAUCGCAGCAGUGAAGCUCCAUCCAGGGUUCGCACUGGCAUCUGACCAGGGGUUUGCCUUUCCGGGCCCCUGCCCCUAUUAACGGGCCGCUCCACGUCCAUUCGGCACAACAGACUGUCUCGACCGGGGCCUCCCUCGGCAUCCUCUCCUGGUCUCCCCGCCGCGCUCGGACAGCAGAUGGAAGCAGGAGGAUUUGAUUGGUUGUCAUGAUCAAGGUCUGAAAGUUCUCUAUUUAUUAUGCAUACCUGAAAGAGAGGGUUGUUGCUCCUUCCCUUCUGACCCUCUCUAUUAUAGCAUGGGGCUGCUCCAAUGGAUUUAUCGCUAGAAAACGGGCCAGGGCACUGAUGAACAUCUCCAGACAGUAACAGGCAUAGAGUAAUUAUGAGGUUUUCACCAUCUAUUUUGCGUUUACCCCCGACCUUAAUAGCCCUUUUGGAGGGACUGUGCCAGCUGAAAUAUACAAACGUGUUAAAUAGGGUGUAUUCCCCGUGGCCAAAAUGCUUAGUGCCAAUCUGGUCUUUGAGCCUGAUCUUCUGAUUAAAACUGCAUACUUUGUCAAAAGGAUAUCGACUUGAUGUACAAAAAGGGCCAGUAUCUAUAAACGGUAAUAUAAAACCAUAAAUUAAAAACGCUGCCAACACGCCUAACUUUCCAACUGCCAUCUUGAAAAAAGACCUUGCCUGAGAAUUACAUUUACGUCAUUUAGCAGACGCUCUUAUCCAGAGCGACUUACAGUUAGUGAGUGCAUACAUUAUUAUUAUUUUUUUUUCAUACUGGCCCCCCAUGGGAAUCAAACCUACAACCCUGGCGUUGCAAACGCCAUGCUCUACCAACUGAGCUACAUCCCUGCCGGCCACUCGGAAGGCACAGUUAGAAGCUUCCUCUUGAGAGGACAGAUAAGUUGCUAACCAGUCAAUGUUCAGGUCACCCAUUAUUACACACAUGAUCAAGCGUUGCACACAUAUUAUCCACCCCAUGACUUGUUUGAUAUUGAUGAUUCAAUUCAUGCUGAUCCAAUUGACUGUAAUUAAAAUGACGUUGAAAUUAAUGACUGUGACCAGGGGACUAUUUUAUUAGCUGGCAUUGAAACAAUAACUUUGACAAUAUUAAUCCAUUGACUUGAUCACUUUGGAAACAUACCCGCCCUCCUCCCAUCAGAAGUGUGACCGGUCGUGUGACGGUCGUCUGGACCACGGGGAAAUCGAGGUGUUCUGUAGGGAGCUGCUGCGGCGGCCGGAGCUGGACGCCGUGUUUAGCCGCUACUCGGCUAACGGCUGUGUGCUCUCCACCGUGGACCUGAAGGACUUCCUGAAAGACCAGGGAGAGGACUCCUCGCUGAUCCACGCUCAGAGUCUGAUCCUCACCUAUGAGCUCAAUGAGUGGGGUACGCUUACGUGCUAAUGGUUGUGCUAAGCGACACUCAGUGCUAACUAAGUGUUACUUAGUUAGCACUGAGUGUAGCUAAUGUGUUAAUUUAGCUAUGCUAAGUGCUACACUACUCUAAGUGCUAAGCUAUGCUAGUGCUACACUAUGCUAAGUGCUACACUACGCUAAGUGCUAAGCUACACUAGUGCUACACUACGCUAAGUGCUAAGCUACGCUACAUGCUAAGGUACGCUAAAUGCUAAGCUACCUGUAUGGCCAAAAGUUAAGAGGAAGUUAGGGUCUUUUUAGAUUGGAAUAUAGCCCUUUUCUCACUGCCUCCAUACUAUUGCUACCACCCUCUUUAAAACUUCAGCUCAUCUUAUUGGCCCCAACAUGUAUCCAAAUUAAAUUAUUUUUUUACCUACAUUAACACAAGCAAAUCAAUGUAUAUUUUGGUACGUUGUUUUUUCUAUCGUUCCCAUACCAACCAUGUGCCUAUGCCCUGCACAGCCCAGAAGAACGGGUACAUGACGCCCAAUGGUUUCACCAUGUACAUGCUGUCCAAGGAGAACAACGUGUUUGACCCGGACCACGCCAGGGUGUACCAGGACAUGACCAGAUCCCUGGCACACUACUUCAUCUCCUCCUCACACAACACCUACCUCACCAGUGACCAGGUUACUGGCUACAGCAGCACGGAGGCUUAUAUCAGGUAAACACACACAUAUGAAAAUGUAUGCGUGCAUGCAUGCACACGCAGAGGCAUGCAUGUGCAUAUGCAUUCACAGGCAUAGACGUACGGCACACACACACCACAUCACCUUUUAUUGAGCACUACAAAAUACACACUAUACAUGUGUUUUAAGUCUGUGUGUUUAUACUGUAUGUGUUUGUGUUAACAUCACAUGUAUGUUAACGUGUGUGUGCGUUAACGUGCGUUUCCUCUGUCCCAGGGCUCUGAACCAAGGCUGUCGCUGUGUGGAGUUAGACUGUUGGGAUGGAGACAAAGGGGAGCCGGUCAUCUACCAUGGUCACACACUCACCUCCAAAGUGCCCUUCACAGAAGUCAUCGAGACCAUCGCCGAGUACGCCUUCAAAGUGAGCUCCAAUACUCCAUUAGCAGUCCAGUACCCCCUAAAUUAGACUAGUUUGCAAGAUUACUAGCUACUGGUAUUUGUUUAGGUAUAGACAGAAACAAGUAUUACAUUAGUCUCUGGGUGUGCCUUUUUUUUUAAAGGGGGGGGGGGGGGGGGUGACAUAUACAGUGAGGGAAAAAGUAUUUGAUCCCCUGCUGAUUUUGUACGUUUGCCCACUGACAAAGACAUGAUCAGUCUAUAAUGGUAAUAGUAGGUUUAUUUGAACAGUGAGAGACAGAAUAACAACAACAAAAUCAAGAAAAACAUAUGUCAAAAAUUUUAAAAAUUGAUUUGCAUUUUAAUGAGGGAAAUAUGCAAAACAUGACUUAGUACAGUGGGGAAAAAAAGUAUUUAGUCAGCCACCAAUUGUGCAAGUUCUCCCACUUAAAAAGAUGAGAGAGGCCUGUAAUUUUCAUCAUAGGUACACGUCAACUAUGACAGACAAAAUGAGAAAAAAAAUCCAGAAAAUCACAUUGUAGGAUUUUUAUUGAAUUUAUUUGCAAAUUAUGGUGGAAAAUAAGUAUUUGGUCAAUAACAAAAGUUUCUCAAUACUUUGUUAUAUACCCUUUGUUGGCAAUGACACAGGUCAAACGUUUUCUGUAAGUCUUCACAAGGUUUUCACACACUGUUGCUGGUAUUUUGGCCCAUUCCUCCAUGCAGAUCUCCUCUAGAGCAGUGAUGUUUUGGGGCUGUCGCUGGGCAACACGGACUUUCAACUCCCUCCAAAGAUUUUCUAUGGGGUUGAGAUCUGGAGACUGGCUAGGCCACUCCAGGACCUUGAAAUGCUUCUUACGAAGCCACUCCUUCGUUGCCCGGGCGGUGUGUUUGGGAUCAUUGUCAUGCUGAAAGACCCAGCCACGUUUCAUCUUCAAUGCCCUUGCUGGUGGAAGGUUGUUUUCACUCAAAAUCUCAUGAUACAUGGCCCCAUUCAUUCUUUCCUUUACACGGAUCAGUCGUCCUGGUCCCUUUGCAGAAAAACAGCCCCAAAGCAUGAUGUUUCCACCCCCAUGCUUCACAGUAGGUAUGGUGUUCUUUGGAUGCAACUCAGCAUUCUUUGUCCUCCAAACACGAUGAGUUGAGUUUUUACCAAAAAGUUCUAUUUUGGUUUCAUCUGACCAUAUGACAUUCUCCCAAUCCUCUUCUGGAUCAUCCAAAUGCACUCUAGCAAACUUCAGACGGGCCUGGACAUGUACUGGCUUAAGCAGGGGGACAUGUCUGGCACUGCAGGAUUUGAGUCCCUGGCGGCGUAGUGUGUUACCGAUGGUAGGCUUUGUUACUUUGGUCCCAGCUCUCUGCAGGUCAUUCACUAGGUCCCUGCGUGUGGUUCUGGGAUUUUUGCUCACCGUUCUUGUGAUCAUUUUGACCCCACGGGGUGAGAUCUUGCGUGGAGCCCCAGAUCGAGGGAGAUUAUCAGUGGUCUUGUAUGUCUUCCAUUUCCUAAUAAUUGCUCCCACAGUUGAUUUCUUCAAACAAAGCUGCUUACCUAUUGCAGAUUCAGUCUUCCCAGCCUGGUGCAGGUCUACAAUUUUGUUUCUGGUGUCCUUUGACAGCUCUUUGGUCUUGGCCAUAGUGGAGUUUGGAGUGUGACUGUUUGAGGUUGUGGACAGGUGUUUUUUAUACUGAUAACCAGUUCAAACAGGUGCCAUUAAUACAGGUAACGAGUGGAGGACAGAGGAGCCUCUUAAAGAAGAAGUUACAGGUCUGUGAGAGCCAGAAAUCUUGCUUGUUUGUAGGUGACCAAAUAUUUAUUUUCCACCAUAAUUUGCAAAUAAAUUCAUAAGAAAUCCUACAAUGUGAUUUUCUGGAGAAAAAAAUCUCAAUUUGUCUGUCAUAGUUGACGUGUACCUAUGAUGAAAAUUACAGGCCUCUCUCAUCGUUUUAAGUGGGAGAACUUGCACAAUUGGUGGCUGACUAAAUACUUUUUUUCCCCACUGUACUUGGUGGCAAAACCCUUGUUGGCAAUCACAUAGGUCAGACGUUUCUUGUAGUUGGCCACCAGGUUUGCACACAUCUCAGGAGGGAUUUUGUCUCACUCCUCUUUGCAGAUCUUCUCCAAGCCAUUAAGGUUUCGAGGCUGACGUUUGGCAACUCGAACCUUCAGCUCCAUUCUAUGGGAUUAAGGUCUGGAGACUGGCUAGGCCACUCCAGGACCUUAAUGUGCUUCUUAUUGAGCCACUCCUUUGUUGCCUUGGCCGUGUGUUUUGGGUCAUUGUCAUGCUGGAAUACCCAUCCACAACCCAUUUUCAAUGCCUUGGCUGAGGGAAGGAGGUUCUCACCCAAGAUUUGACGGUACAUGGCCCCGUCCAUCGUCCCUUUGAUGCAGUGAAGUUGUCCUGUCCCCUUAGCAGAAAAACACCCCCAAAGCAUAAUGUUUCCCCUCCAUGUUUGACGGUGGGGAUGGUGUUCUUGGGGUCAUAGGCAGCAUUCCUCCUCCUCCAAACACGACGAGUUGAGUUGAUGCCAAAGAGCUCAAUUCUGGUCUCAUCUGACCACAACACUUUCACCCAGUUCUCCUCUGAAUCAUUCAGAUGGUCAUUGGCAAACUUCAGACGGCCCUGUAUAUGUGCUUUCUUGAGCAGGGGGACCUUGCGGGCGCUGCAGGAUUUCAGUCAUUCACAGCGUAGUGUGUUACCAAUUGUUUUCUUGGCGACUAUGGUCCCAGCUGCCUUGAGAUCAUUGACAAGAUCUUCCCGUGUAGUUCUGGGCUGAUUCCUCACCGUUCUCAUGAUCAUUGCAACUCCACAAGGUGAGAUCUUGCAUGGAGCCCCAGGCCGAGGGAGAUUGACAGUUCUUUUGUGUUUCUUCCAUUUGCGAAUAAUCGCACCAACUGUUGUCACCUUCUCACCAAGCUGCUUGGCGAUGGUCUUGUAGCCCAUUCCAGCCUUGUGUAGGUCUACAAUCUUGUCCCUGACAUCCUUGGAGAGCUCUUUGGUCUUGUCCAUGGUGAAGAGUUUGGAAUCUGAUUGAUUGAUUGCUUCUGUGGACAGGUGUCUUUUAUACAGGUAAUAAACUGAGAUUAGGAGCACUCGCUUUAAGAGUGUGCGCCUAAUCUCAGCUCGUUACCUGUAUAAAAGACACCUGGGAGCCAGAAAUCUAUCUGAUUGAGAGGGGGUCAAAUACUUAUUUCCCUCAUUAAAAUGCAAAUCAAUUUUUAACAUUUUUGACAUGCGUUUUUCUGGAUUAUUUUGUUGUUAUUCUGUCUCUCACUGUUCAAAUAAACCUACCAUUAAAAUUAUACAUUUUACAUUUACAUUUUAGUCAUUUAGCAGACGCUCUUAUCCAGAGCGACUUACAGUUAGUGAAUACAUAUUUUUUUAUACUGGCCCCCCCGUGGGAAUCGAACCCACAACCCUGGCGUUGCAAACGCCAUGCUCUAUCAACUGAGCUACAUCCCUGCCGGCCAUUCCCUCCCCUACCCUGGACGAUGCUGGGCCAAUUGUGCGCCGCCCAUGAGUCUCCCGGUCGCGGCCAGCUGCGACAGAGCCUGGAUUCGAACCAGGAUCUCUAGUGGCACAGUUAGCACUGCGAUGCAGUGCCUUAGACCACUGCGCCACUCAGGAGUAAGACUGAUAGACUGAUCAUUUCUUUGUCAGUGGGCAAACAUACAAAAUCAGCAGGGGAUCAAAUACUUUUUUCCCUCACUGUAGAGGGUUAGGCUAGACAGAUAGGAGUGGCCCAGACAGAAAAUCGAACCAUCGCCUGGGGUGAUGAGUGGUUGAGAGUCUGCAGCACUACCACUAGACCAGACUCCGGCACCAAAAUAUCUGUCCUGAAUUAAGAUGUAAUAAUUUUCCAACCUCUUUCUCUCCCCUCCACUUUCUUCUCUCCCGCUGCCGUCUCAUCUUCCAAUCUUCCAGGCGUCUCCGUACCCUCUAAUCCUGUCCCUUGAGAAUCACUGCAGUGUGGAGCAGCAGGCGGUCAUGGCCCGACACUUGCGCUCCAUCCUGGGGGACAAGCUGCUCACCAAGCCCCUCAAUGAACAGCAGCUUCAGAGCCUGCCCUCACCAGAG